CUCACUCCUCGCUCACACUCUUCUGUGGCCUUUUUCUCCCCGGAGAGAGAGAACUGCAGGGCCCAAAAAGAGGCCGGAUUCUUGGUGUUUUCUGAACCUUCUUUACUUGUCCUCAAAUGGCCUCCUCCUCCUCGCAUUUGCCGUAGCUCGAUUCGCAUCGCAUCGCAUCGCAAUCCCUUCCCCUGCAAGCAAAGCUUCUGUUUUUUUGGUUCUUCUUCUUCCCCGCUUUUCUUGCUUCUUGCGGCCACGGUGGUGGUGGUGGUGGUGGUGGUGGUGGUGGUGGUGAUGGCGGCGGCGGCGACAACAAGGAGAAGAAGAGCCGCGGGAGGCGGCGCGCCGGCGGCGGCGGCGCUUAUGGUGGCCGCCGUCCUGCUCAGCGCCUCCGCCACCGCCUCCGCCGCGUCGUCUUACCCUGCGAAGGUGGUGACAGGGUUGCUGUCUAGCACGGCGUCGGCGGUGGUGAAGCAGCUCUGGUCGCUCAAAUCGGCCGCCAGGACGGGGUCGCCGGCGGCGGCGGCGGGGAGGUCGAUGGUGAAGUACGAGGGCGGGUACGCGGUGGAGACGGUGUUCGACGGCAGCAAGCUGGGGAUCGAGCCGCACGACGUCGUGGUCACCCCCGCCGGCGAGCUGCUCGUGCUCGACUCCAUGAACAGCAACAUCUACAGGGUCCAGCUGCCACUGUCGCGAUAUAGCAGACCAAAGCUUGUUGCUGGUUCACCAGAAGGAUUAUCCGGUCAUGUUGAUGGGAGGAUGCGGGAGGCGAAGAUGAACCACCCAAAGGGAUUUACAGUGGACGAUAGGGGAAACGUAUAUGUUGCAGAUGCUAUGAAUAUGGCAAUAAGAAAGAUCAGUGAUACAGGGGUUACAACAAUUGCUGGGGGGAAAUCAACGAGAGGAGGACACCUAGAUGGGCCAAGUGAUGAUGCAAAAUUUUCUACUGAUUUUGAAAUACGCUACAUCAGCAGUAGCUGCUCCCUCUUGGUUAUUGAUCGAGGAAACCAAGCAAUUAGGGAGAUUGCACUUCACAAUGAUGACUGUGAAUAUCAGUAUGAAGCUGGUUUUCCACUAGGUAUUGCAUUGCUUUUUGCUGCUGGUUUCUUUGGCUACAUGCUUGCAUUGCUUCAACGCCGGGUUUUAGGGAUGGUAUCAACAGCAGAUGAACCUCAUACUCAUCCAAGAGCCAGUAUUGCAAGCAUCCCUCCAUAUCAGAAGUCACUAAAGCCUUCUCUUCGUCCCCCACUGAUUCCAACUGAAGAUCAAGUCGGGAAACAGGAGGCUGAGGAGGGGUUCUUCACCUCAGUCGGCAAACUCAUCGGAGGAGCAAAAUCAUCUGUGGUAGACAUAUUUUCACGAAAGAAACGCCCAACCCAUCAGUACCAUCAUCACCUUCAGCAACAAAGAGCCAACCCUUGGCCAGUGCAAGAAAGUUACGCCAUACCACAUGAUGAGACACCACCACCACUGGACAUGAGAGCACCAACCCCCCGGAAGAACUAUGCCUUCAUGACAAAGGAGCCUGAAAAAGUUCACCAUGUCCGCCAUGGACGGCCAUAUUUCAAUGGCUGGGAUGUGCAGCAUGCCCCUCAACAACAACCAGAGCAGCAAAUGUACCAGCAGCAGCACUUGCAGCAGCACAGGCAGUACUCUGCAGGCCCCCAAACUUUCUACGAGCAGAGCUGUGAGACGACAAAUGAGAUCGUCUUUGGUGCUGUCCAGGAGGUGGACACCAAGCGGCGAAUGGUGGAAAUCAAGGCCGUGAACUAUGGGGACACAUUCUAUGGGCAAUACGGGAUGCGGUAUCGCAACAACUACAUCGGCUACAACAACAACAACGGCAACAACAACAACAACUACUAUUAGACAACCAACCUUUUUCGUCUCAUUUUUCCCCCUGUUUCUUGCUAUAUGAUUAGUUUUACUGCUUGCAAUUUCGCCUCCCCUGCCCUCCGCAACGCCUGUAACAAAAGAAAGAAAAACGGAGGAAGUAGAGGAACUAAUCUUCAGUUCUGACCUGUGCCAAUGCCAACACUGGGGGUUUUUGUACUACACCCUGAUGAUCAGACACUCACACUUCAUCCUGUACAAAUUUUUGUUUUUUACCGGCUGUUUUCAAUCCUGUUGGUUGCAGCACCAGUCAUGGUGGUGUGAUGAUCCUCCCAGUCC